AUGUCCUCUCCCAACAAGUCCAAUUCUCCGUCAGGAGCCGCUGAUGGCGACCAGCCUGAGGAGAAGCCUCGCCUGACCGAGGCCGAGAAGAAGCAGAACCACAUCGCAUCUGAGCAGAAGCGACGCCAGGCGAUCAGGGAGGGCUUCGACAGGUUGACUGAACUGGUCCCGGGUCUUGAGGGUCAGGGGCGCUCGGAGGGAUUGGUUCUGAAGAGGACCGUCGAGUUCAUGCGCGAUCAACUCGCGGAACGGCGGGCCAUGGUUGAGCGCCUCGAGAAUAGCGGCGUGGAGGUGGACGAGAAAUUCAAGCGCUGA